CCCAGGGAGCGAACAGUGAAGAAGGGGGGACAUCAAAGGGAAAGGCGGGGGUCAGCACGUACCACGUUCCACCGCAAGAACUCGCGCUCCUUUCCUGCGAGAGAGCCGGAGAGCGCAGGACGCUGGCGCAGGAAUGGCUCCCAGGUCCCCCGCGCAGAUCACCUGCCAGGACCUCUCUCUAAGGAACCCCAGUGCGAAGAUGGUCGCUUUCUAAGGGUCCAGCAAUGCCUGUGAGAAAACUUCAUUCACCUUCCUCAGGCAGGAGCUGCCUGUGCGCCUGGCCAACAUCAUGAAGGAGAUCAACCUGCUUCCCGACCGAGUGCUGAGCACACCCUCGGUGCAGCUGGUCCAAAGCUGGUAUGUCCAGAGUCUCCUGGACAUCAUGGAGUUCCUGGACAAGGACCCCGAGGACCAUCGUACCCUGAGCCAGUUCACUGAUGCCCUGGUCACCAUCCGGAACCGCCACAAUGACGUGGUGCCCACCAUGGCGCAGGGCGUGCUGGAGUACAAGGACACCUAUGGCGACGACCCAGUCUCCAAUCAGAACAUCCAGUACUUUCUGGACCGCUUCUACCUCAGCCGCAUUUCCAUCCGCAUGCUCAUCAACCAGCACACACCCUUCCUUCCCCCCACAGCCCUGAUUUUUGACGGCAGCACCAACCCAGCCCAUCCCAAACACAUCGGCAGCAUUGACCCCAAUUGCAAUGUCUCUGAGGUGGUGAAAGAUGCUUAUGAUAUGGCCAAGCUCCUGUGUGACAAGUAUUACAUGGCCUCUCCUGACUUGGAGAUCCAGGAGAUCAAUACAGCAUCCAACUCCAAACAGCCAAUUCACAUGGUCUAUGUCCCCUCUCACCUCUACCACAUGCUUUUUGAACUCUUCAAGAAUGCCAUGCGUGCAACUGUGGAAAGCCACGAGUCCAGCCUUGUCCUCCCACCUAUCAAGGUCAUGGUGGCCUUGGGUGAGGAAGAUCUGUCCAUCAAAAUGAGUGACCGAGGUGGGGGAGUCCCCCUGAGGAAGAUUGAGCGACUCUUCAGCUACAUGUACUCCACAGCACCCACCCCCCAGCCCGGCACUGGAGGGACCCCGCUGGCUGGCUUUGGAUAUGGGCUCCCCAUUUCCCGCCUCUAUGCCAAGUACUUCCAGGGAGACCUGCAGCUCUUCUCCAUGGAGGGCUUUGGGACUGACGCUGUCAUCUAUCUCAAGGCCCUGUCCACGGAUUCAGUGGAACGCCUGCCCGUCUACAACAAGUCAGCCUGGCGCCACUACCAGACCAUCCAGGAGGCCGGUGACUGGUGUGUGCCCAGCACAGAGCCGAAGAACACGUCCACGUACCGCAUCAGCUAGGGGCCGCCCCAGCCCCCUGCACUGGAGAGGAUGGACUGCUGCCUCUGGAACUGGCCACCAUGGUGACCCUCCCCGCCCCCCCAGGUGUGGGGAGGGCUCUCCUUGAUGACCAGCUUCUGUCUCUGUGGAAAGCGCUGCGGUAACCAGUCUGUGGCGGUCCCUAAGUGCCAAUCUCUGUCUCCAUGGAGACCCCUAGGUGGUCUCCCUGGUGUUCAGUCUCUGUGGGCAAGGCCUACAGAUGGGGGGAUGUCUCCAACCUGAUGGGGUGUCCCAGACCUAUGUUUCCAUGGCAGUCCUCCUCCUGAGACCAGAGCUGCCACUUUUCUGCCAGGGGUCCUGGGUCUCCUUCCCGGCCCUCCACAGCCUGGGCCUUCCAAGUGGAUACCCUGCUGGCCUUACCCCCCGCCCCAGCCCGUGCACCCCAGACCUGGUCCAGCGUCAGCGUUAGGAAGGGGCUGGCUAUUCCUGGGUAGAGAAAGGGGCUGCACCCUUGGGCCCCUGGGUGCGUACCUGGUCCUGCAGCUUCUCCCUCCACCCAAAGCUUGAAGGUCAAGGUUAGGAGGAGCCCAUUCUCACCCCAAUCUCUUAAAGUGGAGGAACCUGGGAGGACCCAGAGACCAGCUGUCUCCCAAGCCCUUCCCUGGCACGUCCUCACAUGCACAAUGCUCACCUUCCCCCCCACACCAACACAGUCCCACCUGGGCUCCAGACCCCCACCCCCACCGUGCCUGCACAUGCACGUGCUUGGGGUGGCUUUCUCCUGGAAUGCUCUGUGUACAUAGCUAGUUUUAUAGCCCCAAAGGCCCCUACCCUUCCCCUCGGUACACAGGGGUUAAAGUUGUGUGCCCCUCCACGUGGCUGUGAUGAUGACCGUGACAUCCACAGUAAAGAGGAGAUUGAAUGAGA